AUGCUUCACCCAGACUACACUGCCGGCGACGCCGAACUCCACUCUGCUGACGGCGUCGUAUUCCUCGUCGACCGAGUCCGUCUCUCCCAGGCAAGCCCCGCCUUGCGUACCCUUGAAUCCCCUGUGCGUCUCCCUGCGCCGGCCCAGACACUCGCGCCCUUCCUCCGUGCUGCCCUUGGAGGGGACCCCUUCACCACCGACCUUCUUGCUUCACGCGACUCGCUCCUCCUCCUCCAGACCUAUGGGUGCAAUACCGCUCUUCGCGCCGCUGUCACCGAACUCAAGGUCCGGCUUAUGGAUGGCGCCGCGUGCCCUGUUCAGGUCUUUGUGCUUGCCGCACACCUCCGCGACCUCGACCUCUGCCGCACCGCUAUCGUCUAUGGCGACGUGCCCCAGAGGGCCACGGCCGUAUACGAGGACGUCUUCUACGACUCAGACGACGAGGCUAGUUCGGAUGGACCUAGUUCGCCCACCAUUAGCACCGACCCCGCCAAUGUGCUAGCCCACCUCGAGACUAUCCCACACGAGUACCGCACUGCCAUGUCGGCAGCUUGGAACUCGUCGAGUGACCCCCGCGACCGUGGAAACAGUUUUGUCCGGCACAUGUGCCUUUCGGCCAACUAG